UAAUUAUAGGGCGGGUACUUGAAAGCGCCACAAGAAAAGAUUUAACCGUGUUCUCGUGGAUAUAUGCUCAUUCGCUUUAGAAUCUUGCCUUAUUUCUAUGUGGUAAAGUCACAGCUACGCCUGUGCUGUUUUGUGGAAGAUAAUUUUCUUAGGCUAAUAUGACCAAACUCUUGCUAGCUUACAGCGCGACGAAGUUUCUGAGGAAUGGAUCAUGUGUCGUUAACAGAAGACACGGAAACAGAGUUACCUGGUUGUCACAUCAAACUAAACUCUUUAGCGUUAAGGCCCAGACAGCCCACCUGGUGUUGGAGGAUGGUACCCGGAUGAAAGGCUACUCAUUUGGGCACAGUGCCUCGGUGUCUGGGGAACUCGUCUUCAAUACGGGCCUAGUGGGAUAUCCGGAGAACCUGACAGAUCCCAGCUACAGAGGUCAGAUCCUAACCCUCACCUACCCUAUUGUAGGGAACUAUGGAGUACCCAACACAGAGGCAGUGGAUGAGGUUGGCCUGAGGAAAUAUGUGGAAUCAGAUCGCAUUCAGGUGUCUGGUCUUCUGGUUCAGACCUAUUGUCAUGAAUACAGUCACUGGAACAGUGUCAAGUCUCUGGGCCAGUGGUUACAAGAGGAACAGAUUCCUGCACUGCAUGGGAUAGACACCAGAAUGCUGACCAAAAUCAUCAGAGACCAGGGCACAGUUCUGGGAAAGAUUGAGUUUGAUGGGCAGCCUGUAGAGAUAACUGACCCCAAUCAGAAUAACCUGGUGGCAGAGGUCUCAACCAAGGAAACCAAAGUUUAUGGAAAAGGAAACCCAAUCAAAGUUGUGGCAGUUGAUUGUGGUAUUAAACAUAACAUCAUUCGCCUGUUGGUUAAGCGGGGUGUGGAAGUUCAUCUGGUACCAUGGAAUCGGGACUUGUUGAGUCUAGAAUAUGAUGGCCUGUUCAUCUCAAAUGGCCCAGGAGAUCCAGCUCUGGCCCAGACACUUAUCAAUAAUGUCCGCAAGGUACUGGAAAGUGAUCGUACCCAGCCUGUGUUUGGGAUUUGUAUGGGCAACCAGAUCACUGCUUUGGCAGCAGGAGCUCAAUCAUAUAAAUUACCUAUGGGCAACAGGGGUCAAAACCAACCGGUUCUGAAUUUGAUGACGGAUCAGGCAUUCAUUACAGCACAAAAUCACGGCUAUGGCAUCAACAGUGAUUCACUUCCAGAGGGGUGGAGCCCGCUGUUCAUCAAUGCCAAUGAUGGCACAAAUGAGGGCAUCAUGCACAAGACUAAACCUGUUUUUACAGCACAGUUUCAUCCUGAGGCGAAUGGUGGUCCUACAGACACAGAGUUCCUUUUUGAUGCCUUCAUAUCCCUGAUUAAGAGUGGGAAGAAUGCCAACAUAGUGUCAGUGAUGCCCAAGAUGCCUGAAGCCCCUCCCAAACUCCAGGUCUCGAAGGUGCUGGUGCUUGGUUCCGGUGGUUUGUCAAUUGGUCAGGCAGGAGAGUUUGACUACUCAGGAUCUCAAGCCGUCAAAGCCAUGAAGGAGGAGAACCUGAGGACAGUUCUGAUGAAUCCAAACAUCGCCUCAGUUCAGACCAAUGAGGUGGGCACCAAGCAGGCUGACUCAGUCUACUUCUUGCCCGUGACACCAGAGUUUGUCACUGAAGUCAUCAAGACUGAACGUCCAGAUGGCAUCCUGCUGUCCAUGGGUGGACAGACUGCACUCAACUGUGGAGUGGAAUUAUUCCGGCGUGGCAUUUUGGAAAAGUAUGGGGUGCAGGUUCUUGGGACAUCUGUGGAAUCGAUCAUGGCCACAGAAGAUAGACAGCUGUUUUCUGACAAACUGGUGGAGAUAAAUGAGAAGAUUGCACCGAGUAUUGCCGUAGAGACGGUAUCUGAUGCCCUAAAAGCGGCUGAUGGGAUUGGCUAUCCGGUGAUGAUCAGAUCAGCCUAUGCCCUUGGAGGUCUGGGAUCUGGUCUUUGUGCCACUAAAGAAAAGCUGGAAGAUAUGGCCCAAAAGGCUCUGGCCAUGAGCAGUCAGAUCCUGGUGGAGAAGUCCUUGCUGGGCUGGAAGGAGGUGGAAUACGAGGUUGUGAGAGACGUCGCCGAUAACUGUGUCACAGUCUGUAAUAUGGAGAACUUUGACCCACUGGGCAUCCAUACUGGUGACUCCAUAGUGGUAGCACCAAGCCAGACAUUGUCUAACGAGGAAUAUCACAUGCUCCGUGAAACUGCAAUUAAAGUCGUUCGUCACCUUGGCAUUGUUGGUGAAUGUAACAUCCAGUAUGCCCUCCACCCCACGUCUCUGGAGUACUGCAUCAUCGAGGUCAAUGCCCGCCUCUCAAGAAGCUCUGCACUUGCAUCCAAAGCCACUGGGUAUCCCUUGGCAUUUGUAGCUGCUAAACUAGCACUUGGCAUCCCUCUGCCAGAGAUAAAGAAUGCAGUGUCACAGAAGACCACAGCCUGCUUUGAGCCUAGUCUGGACUACAUUGUAACAAAGAUUCCCCGCUGGGAUCUGGACCGAUUUCAGGGCAUGUCACGUGAAAUAGGUAGUUCCAUGAAGAGUGUUGGAGAGGUCAUGGCUAUUGGACGUACGUUUGAGGAAAGCAUCCAGAAGGCCUUAAGGAUGUGCCACCCAUCAAUCGAUGGCUUUAUGCCCAGAUUGCCUCUUAAGAAAGACUGGGCUGACAGCCAUGACCUGGAGCAGGACCUGGCAGUUCCCUCAAGCACUCGCAUCUUCUCCUUGGCCAAGGCCUUUCACAAAGGCAUGAGCGUGGACCUUAUCCACAAGCUGACAGCCAUAGACAAGUGGUUCCUCUACAAGUUGCAGAGGAUAACACAGAUGCAGCAGCAACUGGCUGGCUACAACAGUGACACAGUUCUGAAGGACUUGCUGCUGAUGGCCAAACAGGAUGGCUUCUCAGACCGGCAGGUUGGUGAAAUUCUGGGCUCCAGUGAGAAAGCAGCCAGGGACCUGAGGCACAACCAUAGCAUCAGACCUUGGGUCAAACAGAUUGACACAUUGGCAGCUGAGUACCCAGCCAUGACAAACUACCUGUACUGUACCUAUCAUGGUCAGGAACAUGAUCUGGACUUCAAAGACAAGGGAACCAUGGUCCUUGGUUGUGGGCCGUAUCAUAUUGGGAGCAGUGUUGAGUUUGACUGGUGUGCGGUAUCCAGCAUUCGAGCUUUGAGGCAGAUGGGCAAGAAGACAGUGGUGGUUAACCACAACCCUGAGACGGUCAGCACGGAUUUUGAUGAGUGUGACCGCCUUUAUUUUGAAGAGCUGACUCUGGAACGCAUCCUGGACAUCAGCCAACAGGAGGCCUGUGUUGGCACUAUUGUGUCCGUGGGAGGCCAGAUCCCCAACAACUUGGCUGUCCCACUACACCAGAAUGGAGUAAAGAUUUUGGGUACAAGUCCCCUGCAGAUUGACCAAGCUGAGGAGCGCUCAACCUUCUCCAGGAUCCUUGAUGACCUCGGCGUGGCUCAAGCUCCAUGGAGUGCACUGAGCUCUUUGCACGAUGCCUAUGAUUUUGCCAACCGGGUAGGAUACCCUUGUUUACUGCGUCCAUCUUACGUUCUCAGUGGCUCUGCUAUGAACGUUGCGUAUGGAGAAGAUGAGAUGAAACGCUUCCUGGAAGAAGCCGCUCAGGUGUCCCAGGAGCAUCCAGUGGUCAUCACAAAGUUCAUCUGUGGUGCCAGGGAGGUAGAGAUGGAUGCUGUAGCCAAAAACGGAAAGGUUUUAUGCCAUGCCAUCACAGAGCAUGUGGAAGAUGCUGGAGUGCACUCGGGAGAUGCCACCUUGAUGCUGCCCACCCAGACCAUUAGUCAGGGUGCACUAGAAAAGGUCAAGAUUGCCACCCGGAAAAUUGCACAUGCUCUUGAAAUUUCAGGGCCCUUUAACACACAGUUUUUGGUUAAAGGCAAUGAUGUCAUGGUAAUAGAAUGUAACCUGCGGGCGUCUCGCUCCUUCCCCUUUGUUUCAAAAACAAUCGGUGUGGAUUUUAUCAGUGUGGCAACCAAGGUAAUGACGGGUGAGCCUUUGGAUGAGGCCAGCUUGCCAUCUCUAGAGAACCCCAUCAUUCCUGUGGACUAUGUGGGCAUCAAGGCCCCGAUGUUCUCAUGGCCACGACUCAGGGAAGCCGACCCUGUGCUUCGCUGUGAGAUGGCCUCUACUGGAGAAGUAGCCUGUUUUGGACCAAAUAUCUAUUCAGCCUUCCUGAAGGCCAUGCUCUCCACAGGCUUUAAGCUCCCACAAAAGGGCAUUCUGAUUGGGAUUCAGCAUUCGUUCCGACCACACUUCCUGGCCACAGCUCAACAGCUGAAAGAUGAGGGCUUCAAGCUCUAUGCAACUGAAGCCACCUCGGCUUGGCUGUGUGCUAACGAUGUGCCUUCCACUCCAGUAGCCUGGCCCAGUGACAAGGCAGACUCGAAUUUGCCCAGCAUCAAGAGACUCAUUAGCGAGGGCCAUAUUGACCUUGUGGUUAACCUGCCCAAUAACAACACGCGCCAGGUUAAGGAUAACUUCCUCAUCCGCAGAAUGGCUAUUGACUAUGGUGUUCCCCUCAUCACAAAUGACCAGGUUGUGAAAUUGUUUGCUGAGGCAAUCCACUCUGCCAGGAACCUUGACACAACCAGCCUCUUCCACUACCGACAGAAAGAGAGUGAGCAACAGAAAGCUAGCCAGCAAAGCUAGAGCUCGCUUCCACCGCUGUGUUAAAUGCAAGUGUAUGGAAAUGCGUCUUUCUAAUGCACUUUCACUUCUCUCAAUACUGUCACAUCGAGGACGUAUUUAGUUGUUUUAUUAGUGAGUCACAGUCUGAAUUUGUUAGACCAAACAUGGCUGUUUUCUACUAAUUAGUUGAGAGAACGCAUGAUGGCCCCGUAAUCGAAAGUAGGAGGAAAAAAAUGGACUUUUGUGCAUUCCUGUUUGUUUCCAAUAUAUUUGAUAAACACAAGAAUGCUGUAUAUUUAUUAGACCAAUGAUGAAAAAACAAAAAAUAUAUAUAUAAAUAAAUUUUUUUAAAUUAUUUAAUUUUGUUAAGUAUUUUUGCGAGACCCUUUUUUUUUCCCCUUCUUUUCAUACGGCAUCCGUUACGUAUCCGUUAUGAGGUGUGACUCUGAGGCAGUGGUUUGAAAUCUGCCGAUCAAACUGACAAUCUGCAGUGUUCUGCUUGUUCUUCUGCUUUAGCACAAACAGUUGCAAUGUAACAUUGCAUUUUAAUUUUAGCCACUUGCUGUCUCUUUUUUGCUCUUUGUCAAACAAAAAAAGCUUAAACUACAAAUGUUAAAUGUAUAUAUUGUUAGUACUUAUUAUAUAUUGACUAUUUUGGUGACUACACAGCACUGUGAAUGAAUGUUGUCACAGCUCCAAGGAUUUGUUGAGCCAUGGUUGACUCCACCACACAUGUCCUUGGACCAGAAGAAAGAAGGAACUUUUUGGGAACCAGGAACUAUAUUGUAGAAACUACAUAUACGGGGCAGUUUCUCUCCCUGACAUGUAGCUAAAGUUCCUGCAAGUGUUCUUUGGAAUGUUCCAAUGGUGGCAGAAAGGGUAAUUAUUUCAAACACAAGUGUAGCAGUAGCCAGUGCAGUUCAUUUGCUUUUUUAGUUAAGUAGUGUCACUUCAGACUCUCGUUUUGUCUGUCUGUAUGUUCUUUUGCGGCACACAGUGAGUUCACAGCGCUGUUUACAUGUAAUCAUAUGUUGUCUCAAUGAUCAGUAAUGUGACAUCAGUGUAGUUGACAAUCAGGUGUCUUAGUGCUUUGCUUACUUUAGAUGAUUAUUCUCUAACAUAAUAUGACAUAAUAGUCUGUAUGAUGCAGAGUUAGCACGUUUGCCUUGUGACCAGAAGGUCCCCGCUUUAAGACACGUGUGAAGGUGAUAUGUGGAUCUAUACCAGCGCCACUGAAGUGACUGAGCAAAACUGCAGAACCAAAAAGAUAUUGGGAUUCCUCACCUUGUGCUACAUCCACAGGAAAGAAACUGAUUGGAACGAACUGGUCUGUGUAUACCAGGGUAUUUGGAAAAAACUACACAUAUUGAGCUGUACAACUUCAUAGGAUUUGUGCGUCUAACAUAAUUGUUAUUACAAACUUGGUUGCUAGCGUUAUUUCACUGCUAUUUUGAGUAUUUUGCGGUAGAUUUUUAACUUUCACAGUAGCUGCCCUGUUCAUACACAUUAAGGAUUUGUCACAAAUGAAGCAGUCGUCUACGAUGAGCAGCGUGCUUUAAGGCUUGAUUGCUAACAAACUGUCAGGAUUAAGUUGUGGCUUCAUUCGUUUUACAUGUUGAUGCUUAGCGCUUUCUGUGAAAAUAAAACCUCUGUUACAGUUAAUGUAAUUCCGUUUGACUACAGCAUGUUUGUGAGGCUGUAGUAUUACUUUAUCUUAAGUCUACAUUAUGUGAACACUAAAGAUAGUGUUAACUCAGCUGAUAUAUGUAGACAUUAUGUAAUGCUUGUCAUGUAGCUGCAAAGUCAGCUAGCUACUACUUUUGGGUUUUUUAUUUAUUUUUUUAACCACAGGAACAGUUAUUCAAAACAGCUGCAGACGUAUCCAAAAUCAACGGUUUUUACUAAUGGAAGGUGAUCCUUUUCAGUUUUAUGAUUUAUAUGCUGUGCAUUUGAAAGGGAAUGUACAUUUGAAGCUGUGAUGCAUUGUGCUGUUCUAGAGUAUAAACCAGGUAUACAGUAAAUCCUUG